AUGAAAACACAAGCCGUCAUAGAGCGUAGUCCGCGACGAAAGACAGUAGCGACAGGGGAGGAGGAGUCCCAGGAGGAGUCCCAGCAAAAGCAACGAGAGAAAGCCAGGGCGCCACGGCGACCACAGGAGGCACAAGCCACAGCAACAGGCGAAGAGAGCAGCAACAAAAGGCCAAAGAUUCUGACUGCCAGUCUCCUGGGGCUGUUGAUGAACUCAGCUUUUGCAAGCAAUGCUAUCCAGCUUAUAAACAAGGGAAACGAUGGAGGAACUGUCUACCAGACAGUAAACAUCAACCAUAACACCAACGUUGCUACCUUUAACAUUUACUCCGGAUUGCACUCAACCAAUGCCAUUGUGGACUACAACAGUGGUGUUGUUGUUUACCACAUGCCCUACAAGAGGGUGUGUGUUGUGUCCAAGAUGAACCUGGAAACCUUUCCAAGUAUCUCACAGCUCGACAACAUGGUCCACGAGGGGCAGCCUCCGUUGCAUUCCCUAUACAGAAGCUAUGGAGUUUCUCGCAGGCUUGUCACAAACGUCGCAGACUUUGGAGGCCCCAUCCAAGCCAUUUGUGAAGGCCUGACGACCUACUGGGCUACUGAGUUCCAAAGGCCACAUCCAUUAGUCGGAGGCAGGGGCUGUGCAGAACUGAAUCUGCUCAUUCUGGAUGUCAGCUUAUGUGGAGACACCUCCCUCUUCUAA